GACUCGGCCACCGCCUCCCCCCGCCGCGCCCGCCGCCGCCGCUGCUCCAACUACAUCCGGGGAACUCAGGCGACGCCGCGCUCGGUCAACGUCGGCUCUUUCCGGCUCUUUCCGACGCGCUCCGUCCUCUCUGUCCCCUUUGCUCUCGGGCGACUCUGCCUUCGGUAAACAUCGGCUGCCUCCGCCGAGCCCGACGCCCCUCAGUCCCUCCCUUCGGCAAACAUCGGCUACCUCCGCCGAGCACGACGCCCUUCAGUCCCUCCCUUCGGCAAACAUCGGCUCCUUCCGUAACGCUCAGCCCUCCCUGCCCCUCCCGCCUCGGCCCACUCUCCCGACCGCUACCUGUCUUCGGAAAACAUCGCGGUUUUCCGGAGAGACGUUUCCGCACGGCCGUCAGGGCGGCGCCGCGUUCGGAAGAUCUCGGGUGUUUCCGUGACCCUUCACGGGCCGGCGCGGCCGUUGGCGGGCGCACGGGGCCGGUUGGCCGAGGGCAGCGUGGCCUCGGUGGCAGAGCUGCUCCCUCGGUGCGAUCCCGAACUGCGAUCCUGCCAGGCAGAAGGCCGUUGCUGAAAGGGGACUUCAGGGAGUGCAGGAUGACUCAGCAGGGAGCUGUUCUUCAGGGUUACAAUAAUGAGCUAGUGAAAUGCAUUGAAGAUUUAUGUAUGCAAAAAGAAGAACUGAACAAACAAAUCCGGCAAGCAGAAGAGGAAAAGAAUAAACUCCAGCAUGAAAUUCAAGUUCUCAGUGAACAGUUGGAAUGUGUAUGUGAAAAUCUGGCCCAAAAGGUGGCUUCACGGAAUGAGCUUGAUAAAAUACUCGCUGAAACUGAAGCUGCUUACAUGAAGAUUUUGGAUAGCUCUAGAACUUUACUUAAUGUCCUGAAGAAGGAAGUGGGAAGCUUAAAGCAUUCACCAGAUCUGAAAACCAAUGUAACGUGAAACAGUCAAAUGUUUGGACUCUCCAGUUCUAAAAUUCCACUAGGUGAGAAACGUGGUCAGCCACGGAACUUUACAGCCACAGUAUAAGCAGACAGGGAUUUUCUUCCAGUCUUUCUGUAUGUUACAUUAUUUUCAAAUGCACUAGAAAAUAGAUUAAAUAAAGUUGCUGUUUUGCUUAAAAAAUGUACUUAAUUGAACACUAUAAAACUUAGCAAAAUAGGUAGUUGAGUCAAAUGUGACACUGUCAGUUUUGACAUUAGGAUAUUUCAAGACAUAAAAAAAGACAUGUUUUAUUGGUUGACUUCAGAUGUCUACUGGUAAAUUAUUCUUUGAAAACGAGUGGAUACAAGUCAGAUGCUACUUCUUUUCACGUUCUAAAUGCUUAGGCUUUACUGUUGGGACCAAGUAGAAAUGAGCUAUUUAGCUUCCUGUAGGAGCUUGGAGUUCUGUCUGAUGCAUGCACAAAGACAACCCUUGUUUACAAUAAUUGUCUCUUUGAAUAAUAGAGGGAUAAGGUGAGAAAUCAGGACUAAUGCAGGACAUGGAGGCUUAAAAUUUAACACUGUAUGUGGUUUCUGCAUCUUUUGAAGCUAUUCUCCAAAGCCUUGUUCAGAAAGGAGAUGUGCUGCAGUGAAAGGUUUGGUGCAAGUGCACAGACAGCUACACCAUGAAUGCUUGGACCAGUAAUUCAUUUGGGGCUAUGAAAAAUGUGUCAGUAGUGACUAGAAGUCCUGAAAAAAACACUGGGAUCCUGUUAAAAAUACUGAGGUAAAUACAAGACCAAAGAAGAUAGUCCUGGCUAAAAGCCAGUAAUACAAUUUUUGGAAGCCUUUUUAGUGCCUUUUAUCUCAAUACUGAUCUUUUAAAUAAUUGUAAUAAGAUUGUAGAGAAUAGUGAACAUCCUGGAAUGAUGUGAAAUAAAUACAAAUGAAAGGUGAAAGAAGAAAAUGACAAGUGGUUUGCAGCUAUCAGACAUUCUUACAGAGGACAUUAAAAUAGAACUUAGAGAUCAGGGAUGACAUAACAGCAUGGCAUAAAUUUCAAUUUAAUGCUGUUUUUUAUUUUUACUGAACCUCUCUGUUUGUGCGUGUGUACAUACACGUGCAUUUUGUCACACUCUUUCACGUGUUACAGCAGUAACUUUUUAAGCUGUGUCUUCUUGUCAAAUCUUCAUUCAAUACCAAUUAAUUAAAUCAAAAGAAGUCUAGUUGUAAUCUCCUUACUUGAUAAUGGUGUGUCUCUCAGGUGCAUGCAUAGAGGGUAUGGAGAUGUGAAUAGUUUUGGUAAUAGCUCUUCAUCAGUAAUAGGAAGCAAAUUUUAUGUUCUUCUGGUUGCCGUGCUACAUCAGGGAUGAGUGUGACUGAGAUAAACACAGUUUACUUGUAUGGCACUUGCAGGGGCUUCCCUCUGGGGAAUUUCUAGUGGGUAAUGCUGAGGUGAUAAAAUUACAUCAUCUCGGGUGCUGCUGUAGUAGUACUGCAGCACUCAGGACCACCUUAUGUUAAAGUGAAACACAAAAAUUUUGCUGUUUUUAGUAGCAAAAGAGUGGUUUAUUUGACUGGACAUUUUAUGACAUUCUGUCUUCCCUUAGACUGGUAGUAGUAACUGAUAUACAGCAAAAUAGGAAGACUCAGGAAAAGUGUUAACUAAAGAGCAAGAACUUGGAGUUGCAAAUGUAAACUGCUUCUUACUAGCUGCAAUGGAACUCGAAACUGUCUGAAAAAAAAUCUGUAUCAUAGAAAGCUCAUUUAUAGAGAACAGUACAGUUAGUAUUGGUCUCACACAAUAAUUACAGGUUUGUUUGCCUUAGAAUAAUCAUAAAUAAUGCCUCUUGUUGUACUGAAGCUGAUAAAACUAAAGAAGUUUUAAGAGAAGCCUUAUGAGACUUUGAAGAAAUCUACUUCCAGACGUUAUUAUGUAGCUAUUACAGUGUCAAAACUAAAUAACUGGAGAUGCUUUAAUUUCUGUUUUUACAAAACUAAGGGAAAAAUGUAACUUUUGGCUAGUAUUUACACACACACUGGAGCCUCCCAGUUUUCCAAAAAAAGUUGAAAUGUUGCUAGAAUUCCACUCAGUGAUCCAAAUCUAAAAUUUCCAUUUAAAGUCACACUUAAAGGUGGAGAGAAAUAAUAUAUCUCUAGGGCUUGCCUAUUUUUAGAAUAACUCUGAAGUGUGGCAGUCAUUGUGCACCCGUAGAGUUGCUACUCAGUAAUGCUUACCAUUAUAUUCUACAUUGACCCAAAUGAACCCUUUUAUUGAAGUGAUAAACCUUUUUCACUGCUUUUCCAGACACUAUAAAUCUUGACAUAAAUAGCUUUUGUUAAACAACUUCACUUUGUUCAGAAGAUAGGCAAACUAAGUUGGUCCACAGUAUUGCUGGAAGAGGAAAUGAUAAUUUGCAGAUAGCAGUAGCUCUGCAGGGAUGGCCUGAAACAGAAAGUUUACCUUAAAUAAGGCAAGUCAUACUUACUCCUAACUUAAUUUUUAUAUUAAAUUUGCAUGACUCUCUGAGUUCAACCUGAUGCUUUACUGCAGUGCUUACAGUCUAGGAGCCUUAAUGCCAAAAGUUGGGUUCCUAAUCUAAACUGCUGUGUUCGGUGUUUUGUAUCUUAUUUUGUAUGUGGGGAGACAACAGUUUUUGAACCUUCCACCUGUGCCUGAUUCAAAGAUUUAGUGAAAUGCAUCUAGAGCAUUGGUCUAAAGUCCUGAAUUUAUGUAAAGACACCUCUACCUGGUUUCCAAGUAACAGAACGUAACUGCAAGGUAUCUGGUGAUUCUCUGCUUUUAUAGCAACGCUUCUUGAAUAUGUACCCAGCACUUAAAACACUAGUGAGCAACAGUUUUUUCAAAACAUUUGACUGUUGACUCCUUGCAAGUAAACUGUAGAGAGUUUGGCAGUUACUAAAGAAACUGCUUGUGGGUGGUAUGUUGAAGUAAUUUUCUGUGUGGAAGUGAUUAUAGGAACCACUGAGUGAAGUCACUUAUGCCAGCAGCCAUUCACAUCCCAUUACUGUCUCUUUUCAGUGGUGCUUACCCUGCAGCUUAGGUACCUCGUCCCCACAUGCAGUUUCUGUUAAUCACCUUACAGAAAUGGAGGUGAGUGGAUUGGGGGUUGGCUUUAAUUUCAAGGGUAGGGAAUAAAGAGAAGGUGUGGAUGUGAAGUCCUGGUUUGGGAAGACUGGAGCAUGAGGGGGUAUGAUAGAGAGAUGGAGUUUCUCCUAAUUUCUGUCUGCUUUAAGUGUACUUGUACUGAGCUACUGAGUUCUUGCUACCCAAUAAAUCAAAUUUUAGAAAUCAUCUGAACUUCCUCUGAAGCCAGGACUUUCUGCCCCUUCCUUUAAGUCCACUGACAGUCAGCAAAUGAGGCAACCUAUGUUUUGUUUUCUCUUUGUGUCUUUUAUUUCUGUUCCAGCAGGAGGCUGUGGAUUCUAAGCCUCCUGUUUGCUGGGUAAGUGUGCUGCCAGGCUCACACAGGAUGCAGUGGUGUUGUUUCCUGUCCUGGAUGCUCUCCUAUGAACAGUCCUCAGUGAACUGCUUGGGUUUUAAAAAGAACCCCAAGUUCUGUGUGUACUUGAUGUACUCUGUCAGAUUGACCUUGGACAGUUUAGGCAGAGGGUUGGCAGGUUUUUGGCUCUUGGUGAAUGCAAGAGAUUGGUUUCCUUGGACUAGGAAUUCUUCAGACCAGGAAGACUAGGCAUCUUCAAAUACCUAAAGAAUUGUCCAUUCAAACAAUGAAGCAAGCUGUAGUCUGAACCCAGGUGACUGGAUCUUGGAUUCCUGUUUAAGAAUUGAGUACAACUCCAUCUAGCUCUUGGGGUACAAGUGUGUCCCACUCCAAAUCGAUAAAGUGGAUUAAGCUAAACUGGAACAAGGUACUGGUAAUUCUGCACCAAGAACAUUCAGAAGAUUGUUAGCCAGAGGAUCAGAUGUCUACAGUUAAUUCAUCAUACAGAUGAGUCUUGUGCAGAAUAUCUAUUACUCCUUAGAUGAUUUUGCUUGUUAGAAGAGAUUUGAGUGAUAAGGUGUAGCUUGUGGCAGUUGCCUUGAGUAGAUCCUAGAUUCUUGGAGUUUUAUGCAAGAAGUAGACAAAACAGUUAUUUUUUUAAUUUAUUUUUUUAAUUUCCUCCUUUUCAGGAAUGAGCAAAGAAGUAUUAAUAAAUGCUUUAAUGUUGAUUUGUUUGUGUGUGUGUGUUGGCGGUUUUCUUAACAGAUGAAUAGGCAAGUUUUCCUAAAAUCACAGUGUGCUUUUACACAAUGUAUGUGUGUGUUUUUAAAUAUAGAUGUAUCUAUUUUCUUUUUUCUCCUUUGGGUGAAGGAUGGACUAGUGUUUGGUUUAAUUUGUGCACCACUUGCUCUGUCAGUGUCUGUUGUUUUACUGGGGAAGAGUCAGGCACCAUGGCCACUUCUUGGGUGUCUGUUCUAUGCCUUUUUUAAACUUGGGAUGGGUGUUUUGUUCUUUGCCCCUUAACUACUUAUAAAUCUGUCAGGGAUUUUAUUAAAUGCCCCAGAGUAAUCCUUGAUGGUUGUCUGUCUUAGUUGGUUUCAGAUGAAGUUUGGUUCACAUCUAGCUGUAAAACCCAGCUAAUUGCAUGUUAGGUGUUCAUAAAACAUGGAGAGGUUCAAGCUUGCACAACAAGGAGCUAUGUGGUCAUCCAUAGCUCUAGCUUGUGGGAUUUGUGUGAAAAGCAGUUCAGUGUUGUAGUCUGUAUUUACAAAAAUAAGAUUUUAGUAGAAUUUGGGCUAGUAGAACACUUUGAUUUUAUAGUCGUUUCAAAAGUAGCUUCACAAGAUCUUGUGGGGUGGAACAAUUUGCAGGGUUUUUUGUCUGUUUGUGCAAGACUAUGGAUAUGCUUCAGUAACUACUACAGAAAAUUUGUAAAUUUUAAUACAAACUUGGGUGUCUUACUUAGCAGCGGGAUGGAAAAUAACAGUGUAAAAUCUUUGCAUUUUGAUUAUAGCACACCCAUUGUUUGUGACACGAUGCAAAGCUGAUAAUAUUUGUAAGUAUGCUUAAUUUGAAUGUCACAAAUGGCAAAAUGUUACUUUUAGAACAGGAUUCAUGCAUAUUAGAAGAAAACAAGCAACUGUAGACAGAGAUCACAUUCAAGAAGAGGCAUUUGAAAGAAGUCCUGUCAGUCUUGCUCUGGAGGUGGGAUUGACUGUGAUUCUGCUGACUGUGGUGGGAGCUUGUUUCUCUCACAUCUCACUUAGGGCCUGUGAAGUUUCAUGGGGUGGCUUCUCCUCUCAGCCUUACCAGCACUCCUGUACAGAGAGCAUGUACUUGGUCCUGAAGGAUUUAGAACAGUGUUGAGUGUUCUUAUUUACUAUCUUGUGUGAAGUAGACACACAGCUUCCUGGCCAGCCUAAAUCAAGACGACAGGAGUGUUAGAGACUAUAAAACAAAGUAAGAGGCUGAACAAUUUGUAACACUUACUUUGAAAAAUGUUUGAAAUUACGAUACCUAACAGACUGAUCACAGAGCAUUUUAAAGUUAAAUCUUCAUAGGUGUUAUUUUUUGAGCUUCAUAUGCAUAGGUUCUCUUGCUUCAGUCAGAGCUCCCAUAAUUGGCUUGAGGUUUUCCAUUAAUAACGGGCUAUAUGGGAACACUUAUAGAAAAUUAUUUAUGUCAUAGUCUGUGACAAAUUGUAAUUUACAUUUUUUUAAAAACCAUAUAGUUGAUUUAGUUGAACAUAGUAAAAAGUAUAUUCUUUCAUAUUUCUUUCCUAAAGGCUGUCAAAUCUCCCUGUCUGUAUUCGGAAUUAGAUCAAAGUAUUUGUAGUAUUUUCUUUUUGUUGUUACAUGAUUAUUAACAAGUUCAUACAACUUGGAUACUCAUUCUGAUUGGGAAUGUCUGUCAAUUCCUGUCACAAAAUCCUCUUCAUAUUCCGCAAGCUUACACUUUUUUAAAGCCUCUUUUUCCUUAUACAGUAAGAGCACUUUAAGUUGAAUAUCAGCAUGAGAGAAUUUUGGUUUUUGAAUGUUUUUGUAAUAUAGUUAGUAUUCAGGGCUGAAUCAUACACCGUCAAGUGUUUAAAACAAAAAACUGGCAGUAAUUCUUAUAUGGUUAUGCAGCUGUUCAAUAACAGAAAUCCUGCUAUACAUUUGUGCUGCUCGCUGCCUCAUAGUAAGUGAGAUUAAUUGCUGUAACUCAUGCGCCCAAGGUACUUUUUGUUAAAUACUGGUUCUUCCUCAAGUAUUGUUGCUAGCAUGGGUGGAAUGGAUACUCCUUCCAGGGGAGCAUGGGGCAAAAGAGGAGCUGCCUUUUUAGUAGAGAUCACCGUCUGUGGAAAGAGAGGGGCAUCCGUGUUAGCCUUGUCCAUGGUAAAGUGAUGUGAGACAAUUAGAACAAAGUGGUUAGAAUGGUCAUAAUUCUCUGUUAUAAGGUUCACUGAAGCAAGCUGAUAAAAAGAAAACCAGUCCAUGCUGUCAGUCACAAGGAAUGUAAUACCCAAUUGCAGCCAGGUUAUCUUUAAGUGCAGGAGCUCAGGUGCAGCUGGGGGCAGUGUAACUGCCGCAGUACUGGGCUCAGUGCGGGUUGCUUUGCCCUGCCAAGAAGCAGUUGACCCUGUGGAUACCUUUAUGAAAUCUGAUACGCUCUGGAGUCACUGGACUUGUUAGAAAAGUGUGACCUCUUCCUGUUCUUGAAACUCGGAAUUCUGUGUCUUAGUGACACGUGACUUCGUGACAUGACUCUAUGAGAAGGAUAUUUAUUUAAAAUCCUGUUCUGUUUAGUGGUUUUCCUCUGAAACCUAAGGUGUUCUUGCUUUAGAUUCAGGUUGUUCAAGUUCAAAUACAUGUGACCUAAAAUACAGAUGCCCAAGUUCCACUGAAGCCCACAAGCCUGUAAGUUGUUGUUAUUCAAUGUGUAGUACUCCAGGUUCCUGGUCAAAUGCAGACUUAAUCCUACAGUUAAGUUGUGAACCUUGUGGCUCCUCUUAGUUUAAAUGAUUUGUGUGAAGCGUUGUUUGCUCAGUUUGGAAUGUACUUUCGGUUUUUUGUUUGUUUUUUAAUGAAGUAUUCCAUUGAGGCCUCCCAUGGCACUCUGCCAUACACAUUCAUGGUGUGCAUGUGAGAAUGUUUUCUUUGGGAAUGUCAGAAGAAAACUACCUGUACAGCAGCAAUUUAACUGAAACAAGAUUUAAACAUGGUUAAAAACCAUGUUUUUAACUGAAACAUGGUUUUAUGCUGUGCUUGUUUUUAAAAGUGUUUAAAAAUGACACAUAUAUAAAUAUGUAUAUUUAUAUAGGAUAUAUAAACAAGUGCUUCCAAUGAACCAAUCACAUAGUACCUUACAGAGAAUGUUAAUACCUUUAUCCCCCUUGAUUGACAGUGACACUCAGUAGUAAUCUGCCCCAAAUCAGGGAUAGAUCUGGGAAUGGAGGCUUUGCUUUUUCAGCCUCACUUGAAUGCUCUGACUUGGACUGGUUCCCAAGGAUUCAUGUCCCGUUUGGUGUUUUGACAUCAACAGACAGGAUUAUGCAUUCUCAACCUGUGUGUUGGGGGAAGGGAUAGAUAUAACUGAUUAGAGGCAUACCUUUUUGCUGUUACUUACUCCACAUGGCACAAAGCAUGAUGAUGAUGUUUAAAUGUGUUCAUCCUUUCUCCAUGAAUAGAGCCAGCAUGACAAAGUAUCCCAACUCCUGAGCAGCCACUCUAACUUUCCAGACCUGCUCUCUCCAAGCCCCUGCUUUGGGACCUGACUGUAAGAAGUGGGGCAGAGGUACAGAAAGAGCUUUUAAUGAUAGUUGCUAAUUCAUUACCUUUCAAAGCCUAGCCUUCUUCAGAUAACUUGCCUUUAUAGACCCUAUUGUUUUAUCAGGCUGCUUAUUACCUUAUACUAGUCCAUGUAAGACCACCAGAUUUUUUAGACAUGGAGGCUUCUUGAUGUUAAAGGUAGUGGGAGGUCUGAAUUUUAGUCCAUCUAUUACAUACAGAACACAUAUAAUACCAGCAGGCUGUGAGGCAACCAUAUUCUACCACAGGUUGUUUUGGGUUAAUGGAUUGAAGUAGUAUGGAAAGUGAGGAACUCUAGGUAUCUGGAUGGAUGGGGCUCUUCUAUAGUGAAAAGAAACUGGCUCUAUGAAUUCAGAGUAAGAACUACUUUAACCUAACUUUAACAGGUGGCGCCUGACAGCAAUAUUCGUAUAUUCGUAUAUCAUGUAUAUGUGUAUAUAUAUAUACACAUACGUUAAAAAAUAUAUAUAAAUAUAUAUAUAUAUAAAAAUAUACUCAGCAUUUUAAUAAAUACAGAGAGUUCUUGGUAGAAAGCUGUUUAAUACUUCAGUAUUAUCUGCCAUUAGAAAAGACAAUUUAAACAGGUUGGACAUUAACAACUCACAUGAGGUCGUGUAUCCUGUUUUAUCAGUAGCCCCCACAGUCUUGCUUCCACAUAAGCCAUCAUUUGUAGCACCAUCCUCAUCUUCUCCUGCAACAGCUUUUGUUGCCUCUAUUUCCUAGCUCCUUGCUUACCAUGUUUUUAGUUAUCCCAAGCUGUUGACCAGAAACAUGCUGCUCUUCUGAUAUGUGGUGUGUCAGAGAUACUUUCAGUAUCUUGAUACCGUCCAGACAUGUUCUGGCACACUUGGGAAAAUCGUUUACAAAACUAAACAGAUCUCAUUCAGUUCGAUAGUGCCCCUAAAGUUAUGGCUGGAUAGGGUGCUAAUAUUAUAUUCUAGAGAAAACAGAUGCCUGAUCUGAGUUUCAUCCCAAAAAAAGGGUGGGAUGGGAAAAACCCAUCCUAAAAAGACUUGUAGGUCAAAGGGAUGGAGGGAUGGAUGGAUGGAUGGAUGGAAAUGUGAUUUUCCUGAUAUACUAUGGAGAUUAAAGAACAGAAGUUUAUUUUGUCAUUGAGGAUAAAUGCUGACUUUGCUUAUAAUCUUCUUAAUAGACCAGAUAAAGGUCUAUAUGAGGUGCUGUAAUUUAAUUAAUAAUUAAUGCUGUAAUUUAAUUAAUUCAGAGUGAUGUGAGUUUGUUCCAGAAAUGUUCACUCUGUGUUUGAGAAAAGAUUAUAACUUGAAACUAGAAAGAGGAAAAGAAAUAAGAGUGCUGGAUAUUGCAGAUAAUGAUCUCAUCGAGGAAGCUGUUAUAGGUCACUUGUGUCUUCUUCAAAGCUCUGAGUGUGACCUGUGUUGCAAAAUAAUAAAUAUGUGCUAAGACAGAGUGGAGUAUGGCACAGUAAGGCUACUUGUAAAAAGUUAUGUCAGGGCAUUGUAUGUAUUCAGCAAUUUUCUUUGCAAUCCUGCUCUAUUUUACAAACUAAUCUAUUUCCCACUAAGGUGUGCUAGAGAUAAACACUGCAAAUACCUUUGUGUGCAGAGAGGAAGGAGAGGCAAUUAAAAGUCUGCAUGCUGUGAAAUCUCUGAGUACCAACAAUGUCUGCACAGACCUUUACCAUGUUUUAGGGAACAAUUGGUUUUCCUACUUUCUGGGGUGACUGAACACAAACAGUUGUUGAAAGAGGACAGUAGCUCAGUUAUUUUCACACUGGCUAAAAUCCUGCUGGUUUGCAUAAAGGUUUCUAAUUUUAUUUACUGAUAGCAAAGUCUUGGUGACAAAAUGGCUCCUUCAGAUCAGAUGCUGUUUUAUUAAAGUGCAUCAUUUCAUCUCUGACAAAGAAAGGGCAAACUUCUGAUAAUGCAGUGAAAGAACCUGGGGAAGGGCAGUAUCUGGUAUUGGUCUCCAUCAAAGACAAGGAAAAGCACAAAAGGAUAAAACUGCUGGCCAUGGUCUGAAUCAAACGGGGUUGCCUCCGAGAGUAGAAGUGAGAGGGCUUUUCUUUCUUUUAACUUGCUCCCUCCUACAUCAUUACUGGGCUGAGUAAGAAAAGAAUUUUCUUUUGAAUACAUGGGAUAAUUUGCUUCAAGAAACGCUAGUUCCACAUGGGAAGCAGCUAAAGCUGCCCCAUGGGAUCUUUUAUUUUUUUUCUUCAAAAAAUUUUCAUAAUGCAAAUUCUAAAAGCAAGCAGCCAUUGUAAGGAAAAGAGAAGCAACAAAAUGUUGUGUUUGCUUGUCAUUGCAGACCUUUUAUACUUCAGUAACUUUAUUCCUAUGUGGAGUUUCUUGGCUGCAAGUACUGCUUGUCCAAAACAUGGAUUUUUGGUCUCAGAUCUGUUCAGUGUAAAAUUCCUUUUUUAUUUUAGAUAAGCUUAAUAAAGCAGUAUACAUUGUUA